ACCCGUCACAUGUCAAAGUUUUUGUUUUUGGUUGUGGGUGAUUUAAAACGUGAAAGCGUGGAAACUGGAGCAAAUUAAAUGUUUAAAAUAUCGUAAAUGAAAUAGUUACUACAUAAGUUUUCAUCCUCAAUUAAAUAAUUAGCAUACUUAAGUUUUUUAAUGUUCUGUUUUAGUUAUUUGUAUUUUAAUAAAGUUGCAUAAUAUUUUAUAAAAUAUUAUGUAAUGAAGACUAGUAGUAGCGUAACAUUGAACUGCAGUCUAAAAGGAUGUAAAUAAACGUUUGUUAAAAGUUAUGCAGCUUUUAUAAGAUGAAUUUAUUUUUCAUUUACGACCUUACUCAUUGCAAAGCUGAUGAAGAUGAUCCGAAAGAAGCCAUUAUUUAUUUUUAUCCCACUCAGUCAGCUGAAAGUGAGUGGUAUCUACUUUGCUGUCAAAUUGUGGGAAUGGCUAAGUUCUUACGAAGCACGUUUUCAACGCCGCACAUUGUCAGUUUAGAUCAAGGAAAAUUUGCUCUUCUCUGGUCUGGAAAAUAUUUAUUGGCUCUUGGAGCAGAUUCUGACAUUGAGUCAAGUGCUCUUCAAAGUCAAAUGCUGUUUUUAUGUGGAAUAUUUUGUUUCUACCAUGGCAGUAUCAGCAAUGUAUGCAAAGGGGAUAGGCAAGAAUUUCUUGCUAAAAUGGAAUUGUCUUGGUCUCGCUAUAUCACAUUAUCUCAAUGUUUUGGAAGUAUGCCUCAGUUUUCUAUAAAUGCUCUACCUUUAACAGCUUUUAAAAAA